UUGGUUAAAUAAAAUUAAUAUUGGAGAACUAGUAAGAAAAAUGAAUGUCACAACAAUAGUCGAUGCCAUAAAAGCAGCGUCCAUCGUACUCGGGGUCAGCAUCAGCAAGAUUACUAUAAUCCCAGUAUUGAUUGUCGCACUCAUGUACUUCAAUUAUGAUCUCAUGGAUCCGGAAAAUCAUCCGCGCGUUACGAAGGAAUUAAAAAAAAGUUACGAUUUUGUUAUUAUCGGCGGAGGUUCGGCCGGCAGCGUAGUUGUCAAUAGGUUGACCGAAAAUCCAAAAUGGAACGUGCUAUUACUAGAGGCCGGAGGUCAUGAAACAGAGAUAACUGAUGUGCCAAUACUAUCUCUAUACUUGCAUAAAAGUAAACUUGAUUGGAAAUAUCAGACAGAGCCUCAAAAUACAGCCUGUCAAGCUAUGACCGAUCAUCGAUGUUGUUGGACUAGGGGCAAGGUCCUUGGAGGUUGCAGUGUUUUAAAUACUAUGUUGUACGUCCGAGGAAAUCGACGAGAUUACGAUCAAUGGCGAAAUUUUGGUAAUCCUGGUUGGGGGUACGAAGAUGUGCUACCGUUUUUUAUGAAAUCCGAGGACCAAAGAAAUCCAUAUUUGGCACGUAAUACAAAAUAUCAUGGCACAGGAGGAUAUCUAACUGUGCAAGACAGCCCUUAUGUUACUCCAUUAGGCGUAGCGUUUCUUCAGGCUGGCGAAGAGAUGGGUUACGAUAUUUGCGAUGUCAAUGGCGAGCAGCAAACCGGCUUCGCCUUUUUUCAGUUUACAAUGCGACGAGGUGCUAGAUGCAGCGCUGCUAAAGCAUUUGUGCGACCUAUUCAGCUGAGAAAAAAUUUUCAUCUUUCACUGUGGAGUCAUGUAACUCGAAUACUAAUAGAUUCGCAGAGCAAACGAGCGUACGGAGUAGAAUUUAUUAGAAAUGGUCGUAAAGAGAUAGUAUUUGCAAAAAAAGAAAUAAUUCUCUCCGCCGGCUCUAUCAAUAGUCCGCAAUUAUUAAUGCUCUCAGGAGUAGGACCACGUGUCCAUCUGGAGCAAUUAGGAAUUCCUGUAAUUCAAGAUUCACCUGGGGUUGGACAAAAUCUACAGGAUCACAUAGCAAUUGGCGGUCUCGUUUUUCCGAUCGAUUAUAAAAUCAGCAUCGUGAUGAAUCGAAUGGUAAACGUCAAUUCUGCACUGAAAUACGCCAUCACCGAAGAUGGUCCGUUGACAUCCAGCAUCGGUCUCGAGGCGGUCGGUUUUAUCGCCACCAAAUAUGUCAAUCAGACCGACUGGCCCGAUAUCGAGUUCAUGUUGACGUCUUCGGGAGUGAACUCCGAUGGUGGCAAUCAUGUAAAGCAUGCUCAUGGUUUAACUGACGAAUUCUACAAUGAAGUAUUUAGUGAACUCAACAAUCGCGAUGUUUUCGGAGUGUUUCCAAUGAUGCUUAGACCUAAAUCGCGCGGCUAUAUCAGACUGAAAUCUAAAAAUCCUUUAGAUUAUCCAUUGCUUUAUCACAACUAUCUCACUCAUCCAGAAGAUGUGGCAGUACUUCGCGAGGGUGUUAAAGCGGCCAUUGCCUUCGGUGAAAUGAGCAGUAUGAAAAGAUUCGGUUCUAGAUUUUAUAGCAAACAAUUACCCAAUUGCAAGCACAUUCCACUUUAUACGGAUGAAUAUUGGGAAUGCAUUUUACGCAUGUAUACUAUGACAAUAUAUCAUAUGAGUUGCACCGCUAAGAUGGGCCCGUCUAAUGACCCUAUGGCAGUUGUGGAUCCGCAAUUGAGAGUCUAUGGAAUCGAAGGUCUGCGGGUUAUUGAUGCGUCAAUUAUGCCGACUAUUACUAGCGGCAACAUAAAUGCGCCUGUCAUUAUGAUUGGUGAAAAGGGCGCUGAUAUGAUAAAGACAAUGUGGAUGCAAUCAUCUUACCCCAAGAAAGAUAACGUCACUGUUUCUUGAUGUUAGUCAAUUGGGUACUAUUGAGUAACGUGACAUAAAUGAUGAUUAAUCAAAAAAUUGGAUCAAAUAAGUUUUAAGUGAAUCAUUUGAAUACAUAAUUAUAUAUAGUUUUGGGAAAAAUUAAC